GAGCGCCAGAGUGAUGGGACCCAAGUGAGGUACCAGCAGCACCGCGUCACUCUCCAGGCAGGUCGGGACAGGUGUGAAGGAUGGCGUCCUGCUCUGAGAUCUGCGGCUCGGAGUACCAGAGCGGCGCGGUGAGCGGGCACCAGUACGGGGUGCGCUCCUACCUCCACCAGUUCUACGAGGAGUGCACCGGCUCCCUCUGGGACCGCGAGGCCGACUUCCAGACCCAGAGAUCGCCCAAUCGGUGGAGCUCGGUCCUCUGGAAGGUGUGUGUGGUGCUGGGUAGCCUGAUCAUGUUGGCGGGGCUGGUGGUGCUGUUCGUGGGCUACGCCACGCCGCCGCGCAUCGAGGCCUUCGGCGAGGACGAGCUGCUCUUCGUGGACGAGCGCGCCGUCAGCUUCAACCGCGCCCUGGACGCCUGCAAGCUGGCGGGUGCCAUCCUGUUCUGCGUGGGCGGCGCGGGCAUGGCCCUGGGGCUGCUCCUGGCCGCCUUCACCCAGGCGGGCGCCUCCAAGGAGGAGCAGCAGGUGCAGCAGCGCUUCCGCGACCGGCUGGCGGAGCUGCAGUCCGCCAUCCACCCCGUGACGCGCGCGCCCACGCCGGGCGACGCCAAGGUGCCCGUCACCCUGUCCAGGGUGCAGAGCGUGCAGCCGGGCGCGGGAACCUGACCGCGUCGGUAGAACACUAGAACUACACACACACGCACACACGCACAC